AUGAAUUCGCGUGGAACCUCCCAUCGACCGCGAGCGUCGCCAGCGAAUACGUCUGCACCAUCAUUGAAGGCGAAAACGUCGACUCACUUCACUGGCUCACCCCGGUCUAGACUGCCCAAUGCCCCCCACAAGCAUGACGAUUCGCUAACCCCUCCAUCAGCAUCACAAGCAAUGAGCAUCAGAGAAGCCAUUGCGCUAAAACGAGCUGAGGCGAGGAAGGCGAUGGGGAAUCGGAGUCGUUCAGUGGGUGUCAACGACCUUGAUAGUCUCGAAGAUGCUCUUCCUACUGUCGGCACGGCACCAAAAGAGGACGACGAUAUAUUGGGUCGGGAUAAUCUGAGGGAAGUGAUCGAGCGGGCGAAGAGUACUGGUUCCGUUAAUUUUGCUGCUAGGUCUCUACCUUGCAUUCCGUCUGGGCUCUUCGAGAUACACCUUGGCGUGACGCCUGAACGGCUUGCCUCGGUGACGGAGGAACCCGCGCUGCCUCCUCCGGACGAUAAAGCCACUUCCAGACGACGGGGAGGACGUGAUGUCCCUGCUUGGUAUGAUGCUCAAGAUCUUCAUGUUCUGAAGGCGGGGAAUAACGACAUCAUCGAAAUUCAGCCUGAGAUAUCAAUGUUUGGGUCUCUUAAGAACAUCGAUCUUCACAAAAACAAAAUCGCCUCACUGCCAGAUACGUUCGCUGAUCUCGCCUCAUUGACGUACCUCGAUUUGUCCCACAACAAGUUGACGUCGCUUCCCAGAAACGUCUUCGCCCUACCCGAGCUGGUGACUCUCAACAUUUCUCACAACGAAUUAGGUUCGUUGCCGUUCAGUUCGCCCUUCGUCAAUACCGGUUCGCGCUCGCGCUCGCGGCCGAAUCAAAGCUCUGGAAGCUUCUUCAUGCCGACCAUCACUCGCGCCACCACUCCUCUCCCACGUCUCACCGUCCUUGAUGCUUCACAUAACCAAAUUGUUGGAGACGCUAUCGAUAUCGAUUUUCCAUCAAGUAUCGUAAAGUUGGAUCUUUCUUCUAAUCCUUUAUCAUCGGUGAAGCCUGAGCUUCUGGACGCGUUGGCGGCUCUGCAGAAGCUGAGGGAACUCCGCCUGGAGAAAGCAGAAGUUACAAACUCCGUUUUUCAUGCAGUGCCUUUCAGUGCUCCUAAUUUCCCGGCUCUUCGCGUCGUCGAUUUUGGGGAAACCCAAGUCACUGUCGAGGCUGCGCAGGUAGCCUUCGGUGCACUGGGAAGGCAGCUUUCCUUUGAAGCCAUUCGUGACGAACCACCAGAAGGCGUGUUGCAAGUUCUUGUUGGAAAACGAGUGUUACGGGAGGCAUGGGAAAUCGAGAUUGAAAAGCGGGCUAAUAGAACAAAGGCCAAAGUCCGAAAUCUAGACGAAAGCGCACCGACACCUGCCGACAGGGCCGAAGUCGUGCGAGAGGCCUGGGAGAUCGAAGCUGAACAGGGUUUGCUCACCGAGGGUGGUAGGCGAAGAGCAAGGGCUGCUGCGGCCAACGCAGCGACGCUACCCGACGCCAGGGAGGAGAAUUCUCAAACUUCCCCAACUUCGCGCGCAUCUUCCCCGCCUAAGCCCUCGGUUUCCGUUCUGAACAACGCACAAUACUACACGCCAGCAACGCAGACUUUAAGCCUUCCCCCGUCGGUUCUCCCGACGAAGCCGCCCGGGCAUUCUCGCACUUUCUCAGCGGCUUUUCCGUCUAGUUCGAGGUCUGGAGUGAAUGCGACGCUCUCGACAGACGUCAUUGUGCCGACCCCGACACUUCCCCUCGCUUUGAUCGCGCAGCAGCCGUUCGCCCACACACUGAGAACCUUAGUCCUUAACAAGCGACGGCUUGAUAAAUCAUUUGAUUUACCGUUCUUCGAUGGCCCUUGCUUGCCGUGCCUCGAGGAGCUCAGCAUUGCUGGCUGUGAUUUGUCGGACUCGAUAUCCGUGGCACAGCACGAGAUGGACACAACCGUGCAACCUUUGCGAACCAGCGAACCGUUACUGCUUCUCAUCGCCAAGCUGUUCCCCUCGCUGAAGAUUUUGGAUCUAUCUUACAACGUGUUAACAAACGCCUCCUUGCAAGAAGCAAUCCUCACGCGCUUAAUACUUUCCGACGCAACGGCGAAUCCACCGCGGAAAGGACUCACGCACUUUCGUUUACAAGGAAACAGAAUCAGCGACGUUGGAGGGUUCGCCGCCAUCGCCGAGCUGUUCAAGGGAAACAGGGAUGUCCCCGCCUGGCAUAUGGAAGAACUAGAUAUAAGAGAUAAUGAAGUCGCUAAGUUGCCUCCAGAACUGGGACUCUUGCCUCUUGAUGUUUUCUUGGUCGAUGGGAACGUAUUUCGAAUAAGCAUCGCGUCAUACACUGAUUAUAUUGUCUUUUCCUGCCAUACUUUGCGGAACACACUUGAAAUCCGACCACCUUCCAUCUCCACUUCUCCUCCCAACACUGAGGUCGUCUUAAUGGGCUGGCUUCCAAUCUCUGCCAUCAGGGCCUCAUGUACGAAACGAGCAUGGUUUGCUGUUCAGUACCAUCGGCCUUGUAUAUGGAACCCUCGUUUGGUUCGGCCUCAGAACUCUCACAGCAGUGUUCCUCAAGGGCAGUUCGGAAGAUAUUACCAGCACUUGGCGCCUCCGAAGGAACCCAAGGAUUCACCCAUCCCAACGCCGCCGCCUAAGAAGAAGGCUGCGGACCCACUCGAAGCCGCGGACGUCACUCGGGCUGAACAGCGGAGGACCGACUGGCGUAUCGUGAAGCAAUUAAUGGAACACGUUUGGCCAAGGGGGGAUUGGAAAACUAGAGGCAUCGUCGUUCUUGGCUUCACGCUGUUGAUUGGUGGAAAGGUCCUCAAUGUACAAGUACCCAUUAUUUUCAAACAUAUAAUCGACGCACUUAAUAUCGAAAUAACAUCGGACACUACAGUCUGGGUUGUAGCAGGUUCCCUCAUUGCAGGCUAUGGUGCCGCCCGUAUCGGCGCGACUUUAUUCGGAGAGCUUUUGAAUGCCGUAUUCGCUGGAAUAGGCCAGCAUGCGAUUAGAAAGGUUGCUCGGGAGACCUUCGAACAUCUGCUGAACCUCGACAUGCGCUUCCAUCUCGCCCGCCAAACUGGCGGCCUUACCCGGGCUAUUGACCGAGGUACCAAGGGCAUAACGUUCGUUUUGCAGUCUAUCCUGUUUCGAAUAGUACCCACGGCGCUGGAGAUUUCUAUGGUAUGCGGUAUCCUGACGUAUAAGUUCGGCUGGGACUUCGCUGCCAUCACGUCUAUUGCACUGGUUGCUUAUACUUGGUUCACUGUGCGGACGACUUCAUGGCGUACCCGUUUCCGGCGUGAGGCAAACAAAGCGGAUAACAAGGCCGCUACUGUAGCUGUUGAUUCGCUAAUCAAUUUCGAGGCCGUGAAGCAUUUCAACAACGAGAAAUAUGAAAUUCAGCAAUAUGACAAACACCUCCAACAAUACGAGAAGUCAUCCAUCAAGAUCACAACCUCGCUCGCAUUCUUGAACUCUGGGCAAAAUGUAAUAUUCUCCAGUGCACUCACGAUGGCCAUGCUCCUGGCUGCGCAGGGUGUCGUCAAUGGCACCAUGACUGUAGGAGACCUUGUGAUGGUCAACCAACUUAUCUUCCAGCUGUCGCUACCACUCAAUUUCUUGGGUACCAUAUACCGCGAGAUGCGACAAAACCUUCUGGAUAUGGAGGUGCUUUUCAAGCUCGUUGAGCAAAACCCACCGCCAAGAGACAAACCGGACGCCCGCCCCCUCGACUUACGUGGUGGAGCGAUCCGCUUCGAGAAUGUCAGUUUCGGUUAUCACCCAGAUCGACCCAUCUUCCGAAAUCUUUCGUUCAGCAUCCCCGCUGGCAAGAAAGUUGCCAUUGUCGGACCGUCCGGCUGCGGGAAAUCAACCGUCUUCAGGUUAUUGUACCGGUUUUAUGAUCCGUCCUCGGGAAAAAUCUUCAUUGACGAUCAAGACGUGCAAUCCCUGCAGCUGGAGUCUAUCAGGAAAGUCGUCGGUGUUGUACCCCAAGAUACCCCAUUAUUCCAUUCGGACAUUAUGCACAACGUCCGGUACGGACGACUCGACGCAACCGACGAAGAAGUUAUCGAGGCUACGAAGAAGGCGAAUGUACACGACACAAUCAUGAAACUGCCGGAAGGAUACGCAACGAAAGUCGGCGAGCGAGGCCUGAUGAUUAGCGGAGGUGAAAAACAGCGAUUGGCCGUCGCCAGAGUGAUGUUGAGGGAUCCGCCAAUCCUUUUCUUCGACGAAGCGACGUCGGCGCUUGAUGCUCAUACCGAAGCCGAGCUAAUGCGGAACAUCAACAACACGCUUCUAGACAAAGCUCGGACAAGCAUCUUCAUUGCACAUCGGUUACGAACAGUUGUUGAAGCUGAUCUCAUCAUUGUCUUCAAAGACGGCGAAGUUGUUGAGCAAGGGAAUCACGAAGAGCUGCUCCGAAAAGGUGGGCUAUAUUAUAGCAUGUGGCUCCAGCAAGCCUCGGAUGCCUUCAAGGAUGACCGCCCCGAGGACGUCAUAUCGUGA